AGCAGUGUCAUGUAGUUACGUUACUUUCGUUGGCGCAAGAGCUGUGCAGAAAGAAUCUGCUGCCCUUGUGCCAGAUGGCUACAAGCUGGGAAGUGGCAUGCGCUGCAUGGACUUGCAUUGCCGGGAUCCAUUUCUUCCGCAGAAGAGGUCUCCACCCGGCCGUGCCACCAGAGCCAGUUGCAGCCGUGGAGGACUGGGACUGGCAGAUGGAGGCGCCCGAGCUUCCCAUGCCGCAGCUGCCCUUCGCGCCUUGCAAUCCGUCGACCUCGCCGAAGACGACGGUGACCACGGAGGACCGGCCACCCUUCGGGCACGAAGGGCCGGGGUCGCCUUCGGUGAGCACCGAUGUAGGGGACGAGCUGCGGAUCCCGGCACAGGCAUCGAUGAUCGACGGUCUGCGGCUUCUGCUCCUGCACCACUUGAGGGAUCCGCUGAGCCCCGCACAGAUGGAACUGCUGGAGCGUCACCUGGGUCAACUGGCCUCAUAUGCCGAGAAGCUAGUGCAGCUGCUCCAGCGGAUGCGGGCGCCCGCUCCAACUGGAGCCAGGUUGAAGCUGAAGGACGAAGACUUGCUGGAGAUCUACCGUUCAGCACAGGAUGAAGUCCGACAUGGUUUGCCUGUACAGCCCGUGAGGGAAGCUGCCACAGAAGCGGCUGCGCCUGCCAAGCUUCGAACGCCCAGAGGUCUGUGUGACCCCGGAGCUAUGUCCUGAAUGGUUCCACCUUGGGGAGGGAAAAACCUGUCGUCUACCAGGUAAUCCCUUGGCAGAUGCAAGUACAAAAUCUGGG